AUGAUGAGAGAGGAGAAAGCCAAACUACUUCAGGCAAGCUCCUUUCAAAAACAUAAAGAACAAGUUACAACGGAAUACCUAGGAGCAAAAAUUAACAAAUCAUCAUCUAACACUUCAGCAUCCGAUACAAAAACGCCAUACAUUUCGUCGGAAAUUGAAAUUCUACUCCAACAAACACCACAACAAAUACUUCAAAAUAUACAAAGAGAUGUAAAUUGUUUAACCAGUACAGAAAAGGGAAAAAGAAUUGGUGCGAUGAAGAAAUUAAAAUCACUUUUUGAUGCUAUGGAAAGCAGAAAAGAUAGCCUUCCUAUUGUUGAUUAUAUGAAGUUUUUCUUUUCUCACAUUUAUCAACCACUCUUAAAACUAUUUUCCAAUGAAACUGAAUAUUGCAGAGAAACUUCUGUAAAACUGAUUGCAACCUUCAUUAGCUAUGCAAGCAGGAGUGAAAUAGAAGAAUCUCUUCCCUUCAUGAUACCAAUACUGGAAGAAAGAAUGAAAGGUCCAAAGGAAAAAUUUAAUGAAGAAAGCGAGGAAGUUAGAGUAUCACUUGUCAAAUUGAUGAAAUUAUUGAUUGAAAAAUGCACUUCGAUCUUUGAGGAUGCAGAUUACCUACAGGCAGCCAUUCACUUUUUGGAAAAAGCUUUUGAAGAUUUUCAUGCUGUUAAAAUUGAGGCUUGUGGUUGUGUUGUUUCUCUUUGUUUGUCUCUCAAGGAAACAACAAUCAAGCUUUUUUCAGGAUCACUGAUAAAAAAACUUGUCCCUCACCUUAAACAUCAAAGAUUUAAUGUACGGUCUGACGUUCUGGAAGCAAUUAAGCAUUUAGUCUCUUGCGGAUCUGUAGAAGUGUUGGAAGAAUUACACUCUCCUUUAAGAGAAUUAUGUUUGGACAGAUCUAGUGCUGUGAGGCAAAAGUUGUUGGAUGUGGUUAUUGACUGGACACUUAAUUUAAGAGACAAAUACUCAUUUCAACACAACUUUGUCUAUUAUCUUGUCUUGCUUAGCUCUGAUGAAAUUGACACAAUUUCCAAAUCUGCAUUUGACUAUAUUUUGGAAGCUGGGAGACAAUUUGAAAAUGAUCACGAAGAUGAAGUCAACGAAACUAGAAUGUAUGAUGAAGAUGAGAAUAAUCAAAUCAAAUCUACUGUUUACGAAGAUGUUGAAAGAUUACCAAAAUUACCGCCAGUAAUUAUUCAAAGACCUCUUCUUGGUUCUAGAUUGCUUGUAGGAAAAAAACAUUUGACAAAGGUGAUUAAUUAUCUGAUUACAGAUUUUGAAGAUUGGAGUCUCCAAAGAAGAAUUGAAGCAGCUAAAGCACUUCAAUUGUGUGUGAUAUUUGCCGAAAGAAAUCUGACACAACAUUUGGACAAGUUAAUGGUCACAUUAUUCCAAGCCUGCAAUGAUGACGAAAAGGACUUAAGAGAAGAGUCACUAAGGGUUGUAUCUCUGAUAGGAUACUUUUUAGAACCAGAAACAUAUUUAAAUAUUAUUUAUAACAAUUCCAGACCAGAAUAUGCAGCAUCCCCAAAAUUUUUAUCAACUGUUCUCAAAUGCCUCUCCCUUUUGGUUUCUCACUCCCAUUCCAUGUUAGUAUCUAAAAUUUUACCUACCUUAUUGAACAAACUUGGAUCACAACAUUUGGUUUAUAGCGAGGAGCCAAAUGUCAAGUUAAAUAUUUUACACAUAUUGGAUGCCUGUCUGUGUAACAAGUCAGUUACUACUCUAGAGAUAGGGUUUGAAGUAUUCAUUUUGGUUUUAAAGGUUUGUUCCCAGCCAAAUACCCCUGAGGUAAUUUCUAAAUCGGGUCUUUCACUAAUGGAUCAAGAGGCAAAGUUAUUCGGUUUGAAUAAUGUUGAGGAAUUCUACAAUAUCUAUUAUGAAAAAGCUUUUACAAUAUUCACCUCUGAUGUUGCCUCUUGGGAUAAGUUAUCACCAAAUUUUUAUUCUUUCGAAGCCCUUCUUAGAAAUUCACCAAAGUCCACCAUUAUCCACUUUUCAAAGAUUUUUGAAGUAUUGGGAAUUCAUCUUGCUACGGACAAAGAUCCAAUGAUGAUUCUCAGACUUCUCUCUGCUUUGAACUCGAUUAUUUAUUCGAGUGGAAAAGAACUAUCUCAAGAACACAUUCAUUAUAUAUUAACACAUUUUAUUUACCCACACUCCAAAUGGAGAAAUGGAAGAGUAUACGUUGAUGUUAGAAAAGCUGCAAUUUCAUGCUUUAGCUGUAUAGUUCGACAACAAUUAUGUACUACAAAGGAAACUAUCCAAACAUUUUGCAGUGAAAGUCAAUUCGAUAAUUUUAUGUCGUGCAUGGAUGAUGAUUUCGAUCCUCAUUUGAGAGGUCUUGUAGUGAAGAUAAUGAUUGAUUUAAUAGAGUAUUCUCAUGAUUUAUUAACUGAAAAGCAAUGGGAUACCCUUUGUACAGAAUUGAGAAAUAGAAUGGAGGAUGAAAAUGAUGAUGUGAGAGCAAUUACAUCUACUACUAUCGGUCAACUACUUCUUUAUCUUCCAGCCCAAAUGGUAGACCAAUGUACUGCCCUCGUUUUUUGUUUGUCCACUCACAUGGAUGACCCUAAUCCAGAGAUUAGAAAAUCUUGUUUUAAUACUUUUCAAACUGUGAUAUCUGAUUUCAAAAAUCAUCAACACUUGGAAUAUGUAAAAGAGAGACUAGAUACAAUUAACCAUCAAAUUAGAGGUUUUCUUCAAUCAUCAGUUAGGGCUAAGAAUGAUUCCUUACCUUACCAGAAUUUAAUUUGAAAUAAAAAGAAUGUUUCUCC